AAUUUACUUAAAUAUGCAAUAAAUAUCAACAAAGGAAGGCAAAUAUUUGUAUGGUUUAUAUGUUCUAUGUUAAAGUAAUAGGAUAUCUAGUUCAUAAAAGGGAUAUUUAAAAGGUAUGGUUUAAUAUGUUAGUAGAUUUAUUAAUUCAAAAGGAUUAGCAAAUAUUGGAGAUUGUUGAUUAACUUAAUAAAGAAGAAUGGAUUCAUGAAUUGUAAAGAAAAAUUUAAGAGAUAUUAAUUGGUAAACAUAAAUGAUAUUAAUUUGAGAUCUGUCUAGUGAAUCUUAAAGUUUAGCUGGAAAUACUCCUAAUCAUAAAUAAUGGUAUAAUAGGUUUGUAUAAUUUAGGUAUUAUAAAUCAUAGGACAAUGAUGUUUGGGUACUCAAUUAAAUGGGAAGUAAAGAAUGUUAUAUGAGAUAUUCAUAUAAAUUUUUAGAGACAUAAACUAGCUCUUAGAAAAGAGAUACUCCUAGAGAUGAAAUAAUAGAUUAAUUAUAGUGAUACUUAAAAGAUUAUGAAAUAUAUUUAUUAACAG